AUGGCGCAGGAAUACAAGUUGAAGGGACUUACCAGUCUUGAUUUGAAGGCUGGUGAGAAGAGAGAGGUUGAGGUAGAGGGCAUCGAGGAGGGAAAAGUACUAUUGUGUAAUGUUGGAGGAAAGACAUCUGCUAUUGGAGCCAGAUGUACACAUUAUGGAGCUCCAUUGGUGAAGGGUGUCUUGACUGGUGAUGGAAGACUUACUUGUCCAUGGCAUGGAGCAUGCUUCAAAGCUUCGAAUGGAGAUAUCGAGAACGCCCCUGCAAUUGACGCCCUUCCCUCCUUUGAGCUCUCUGAAAAGAGUGGUGGUGUCUAUGUUACAGGCGAGGAAUCAGCAAUCAAAAACAGCCGAAGAAAGCCAAAGCUGAGAGUAAAUGGCAAAGCACCAGAGAAAGUGGUUGUCGUCGGUGGUGGAAGUGGAGCCCUUGGAGCAAUCGAGGCUCUACGCGAAGGUGGAUUUACUGGUGGAAUCACAAUGAUUUCAAGUGAAGGCCAUACACCAUACGACAGAACCAAGCUCUCUAAAGCUCUGAUCGAUGACCACUCAAAGAUCGCCCUCAGAGACGAAGAUUGGUUCAAAGAUGCCUCUGUGGACGUUGUCUACGACCAAGUCACCGACAUAGUCUUCGACGGCAAGAAAGUCGCAACCAAGAGCGGAAACUCCUUCUCCUACACCAAACUCAUCCUGGCAACCGGCGGAUCCCCCAAGAACCUUCCCCUCCCCGGCUUCAAAGACCUCGGAAACAUCUUCCUCCUCCGCACCAUCCCGCACGUCAAAGAAAUCGUCUCAGCAAUCGGCUCCAAAAACAAGAAGAUCGUAGUCAUAGGCUCCUCCUUCAUCGGCAUGGAAGUUGCCAACGCAACCUCAAAAGACAACACCGUAACAGUAGUCGGCAUGGAAUCCGCACCCCUUGAACGCGUAAUGGGCGCCGAAGUAGGCAAGAUCUUCCAAUCCCAACUCUCCAAGAGCGGCAUAACAUUCAAGCUCUCCGCGGGCGUCGAAAAAGCCAUCCCCUCAUCCACCGACUCCUCAAACGUCGGCGGCGUCGUCCUCAAAGACGGCACAACCCUCGAAGCCGACCUCGUCAUCCUCGGCAUCGGCGUCUCCCCGCAAACAUCAUACCUUCAAGAUAACGACGCCGUACAGCUGGAGAAAGACGGCUCCCUAAAAACAAACGAACACUUCCAACUCGACGGCCACAAAGACGUCUACGCCAUCGGCGAUAUAGCCACGUACCCGUACCACGGCCCUGGCGGCAACGGCACACCCACACGCAUCGAACACUGGAACGUCGCGCAAAACGCAGGCCGCGCAGCCGCAAACCACAUUCUCCACCCAGACUCCGACCCUAAGCUCUUCACGCCGAUCUUCUGGUCCGCGUUAGGCAGUCAACUUCGCUACUGCGGCGCGACGCCGAAUGGUUGGGACACGCUCACCCUGAAAGGCGAGCCAAACGAGGGCAAGUUCGCGGCGUAUUAUAGUAAAGGCGAUACGGUUGUGGCGGUUGCGACGAUGGGGAUGGAUCCGAUUAUGAGUCAGGCGAGUGAGUUGAUGAGACGGGGGGUUAUGCCUAGUAAAGGGGAGAUUGAGGGGGGAGUGGAUAUUCUGGGUAUUGAUGUCCCUGCGUUGUGA